UCGUAAAUCUUCGGAAAUGUCAACAUAAAAGGAACUGGUUACCUUAUUGAAUGCAUCCUGGACUUGGGCGUAACGAAAACCCUUAUCUAUACUUCAUCUUCCGCCAUCCACUCCAACAUGACCGAUCUUGUGUUCGCAACGGAGGAUAUGCCUUACUGUCCCAAGUCCGAGCAGCCUGUCUACUACACUUAUACAAAGGCUGAAGCAGAGAAACUAGUGCUAGGGCCCAACAGACGGAACGGGCUGUGUACGGCGGUUAUCAGAGGCACCGCACUUCCCAGCGAGGGCGAUAACGCGAUGCCGACACAGAUCGGGUGCAGUUCGGUGACGGCAAGAACAUGUUUGACUGGACCUACAUUUGCAACGCUGCUCAAGCUCAUCUGAUAGCUGCUGAGG